GGUGGUCACGCUGACCACUACUACAACAACCACCACAACAACAACGUCACCCCAAACGCCAUCCCCAACGCCACCCCCAGCCUUACCAACACUACCGCCGAUACUCUCAUUGACAACCCCCAGACCUCCACUCCCGCCCCACACACAGUCGUUAAUUACAACGCCGCCACUCAUGACCACUUAAACAUCAAUGAGAGUGACAUAGAGAUGAAGUCAAUCCACUUUGAGUACCCAUUUGUACGACUCGUCGACUAUUAUAAGAGCGAAAGUGAAGAACAAAUGAAAACCUGUUCUCCAACACAGACCACCGCCGAUACGGCAGAUGUGUAUAAGUAUAGCAACAAUAAGUGUCUGACAGCCGAUACCAAUCAAUUGACAAACUAUUCUUUAAAAUACACAUUAAAUGAACAAAUAUUUUGCAAAUCACUGCCAAUAAUAACACUGCAAACACAUAACACAUAUGAAGUGAUAGAGAUUUCAAUUACUGAUCUCAACGUUGUUUACACUGAUAUUGGGACACAAAUCUCACCCAACACGGGUCAGUGUCCACUCAUUGGAGACAUUGAUGGCAACCCUAAUUCAGAGCCACCUAUAAGUCUGGCCACAAGUACACAGGUGUGGAUCGGCGUGGGCUAUGCCAUUGUGGGCGCGAUUGUCAUAUUUGGUUUGAUAUUAGUUUACGAAAAGUUCAUUAAAACCAGAAUAUUCUACACAUCUAUCCAUACACAGGAACCUCAAGUUUAA